AUGGCUACGGAAGUUGAUCAACGUCUCAGGGAAAUCCAGCGGGAAUAUCUUGACUUCUUAGACGAUGAUAGUGACCAGGGGAUCUACCUUCAGAAAGUGCGUGAUAUGGUUGCCAGUAAUGCUGUCCGUAUUACAGUGAACAUCAAUGAUGUUAGAAGGAAAAUCCCCAAAAGAUGUCAAUUGUUGCUGAGUGAAUCGUUUGAAGAGCUUGUUUGUUUCCAGAAAGCCCUCAAAGACUUAGUUUCAUCAGCAGACCCAGUUUAUGGCAAACAGCAUGAUGAAUUUUUCAUUGGUUUCGAAGGCAGCUUUGGUGAUAAACAUAACACACCACGAUCCCUCACCAGCAAAUAUUUGGGCAACAUGGUGUGUGUUGAGGGCAUUGUCACAAAAUGUUCUCUCAUUCGUCCCAAGAUUGUGAGGAGUGUCCAUUACUGUCCUGCCACCAAAAAGACAUUAGAACGCCGCUAUACAGACAUGACAUCUUUGGACGCUCAUCCGACAAGUGGGGUUUACCCAACUAAAGAUGAAGACGGCAAUCUUCUAGAGACUGAGUACGGCUUGUCUGUAUACAAAGAUCAUCAGACCUUCACAAUUCAGGAAAUGCCAGAGAAAGCCCCACCAGGCCAGUUGCCAAGAUCAGUUGAUGUGAUUGCUGAUAAUGACCUCGUAGAUGCUUGUAAGCCUGGAGAUAGAGUACAGGUCGUUGGCAUGUACAGGUGUCUUCCGGCAAAGAAAAAUGGGUUUACAACAGCAACAUUUAGGACAAUCCUCAUUGCAAACAAUGUCUCAUUACUGAGCAAGGAGGUUGCGCCUCUUUUCUCUGCAGAUGAUGUUGCUAGAAUUAAGAGAUUUGCUAAAAAUAAGAAACACGAUGCUUUUGAGCUGCUGGCCAAAUCUAUGGCUCCCUCAAUUCAUGGGCAUGAGUACAUCAAGAAAGCUGUACUUUGUAUGUUGUUGGGAGGAAAUGAGAAAGUUCUAGAAAAUGGUACACGUCUGAGAGGUGACAUUAACGUUCUGCUCAUUGGAGACCCAUCUGUGGCCAAAUCACAGAUGCUGAGAUAUGUCCUUUUUACAGCUCCAAGGGCUAUUCCUACCACUGGGCGAGGAUCCUCUGGUGUUGGUCUGACAGCAGCUGUUACCACUGACCAAGAGACAGGUGAGAAACGCCUGGAAGCUGGAGCCAUGGUGUUGGCAGACAGAGGCGUUGUCUGUAUUGACGAGUUUGACAAGAUGUCUGACAUUGACAGGACUGCCAUCCAUGAGGUCAUGGAGCAAGGUCGUGUGACUAUCGCUAAAGCUGGUAUCCAUGCUAAACUGAAUGCUAGAUGUAGUGUGCUAGCAGCUGCUAAUCCAGUUUAUGGCCGGUACGAUCAGUUCAAAACUCCGAUGGAAAACAUUGGCCUUCAGGACUCGUUGCUUUCUCGUUUCGACUUGCUGUUUAUAGUCCUGGACAAGAUGGACCCAGAAUCAGACAGACAGAUCUCUGACCAUGUCUUGCGUAUGCAUCGGUUCAGAACCACUGGAGAGCAAGAUGGUGAUGUUCUUCCAAUGGGCAGUAACACAUUUAUGCUGGCCACACAUGACCCAGAAGUUACAAAUGAAGAUCAGCAAGAAACUCCAAUCUUUGAGAAACGAGACACUUUCUUGCAUGGACCUGGCAAGACAGGGGAAAAGAUUGUCAGCAUGCAGUUCAUGAGAAAAUACAUUCACCUGGCCAAAGGAAUGAAGCCCACCCUGACACGAGCUGCUUCAGAUUAUAUUGCAGAGGAGUACACCAAGUUGAGAAACCAGGACAACCUGACCCAGGAUCAUAUUGCCCGGACCCAGCCUGUGACUGCCCGAGCCCUGGAAACUAUCAUCCGGUUGUCAACUGCCCAUGCCAAAGCACGCUUGAGUAAAAACGUGGAGCUAGUAGAUGCCGAGGCAGCUAUUGAACUGGUUGAGUUUGCUUACUUUAAAAAGGUCUUAGAAAAAGAAAAGAAAUCUCGACGAAGAGCCCACGAGAGUGAGGAUGACGAGAGCCAAGAAGAAGGAGAGGAUGAUGAGCAGGCUCCUCCACAGAAGAAGGCGAAAACCCCCCGUACAAAAAGGCAAGAAAAGAAAGACGGAGAGGAAGGUUAUGAUCCUUAUGACUUUGAAAAGGCAGCAGACCCUGCAGAUCCUGCCACCUUGAGAGAAGCCAGGAAGAAAAGACGAGAUUCUGGAUCAGCACCAUCUACUCCAGCUGCUGCCCCAGCUACAUUAGUACAGCUAACAGAUGACAGGUUGAAAACAUUCCGCUCAUCACUAUACCAGCUGUACAAGAAAGAGAGGGCCCAGUCGGUCCAGCUGGCUCAGAUCAAGGAGCAUAUGGCAGCCGAGCACAAGGAGCAGCCCUUCAGUGAGGAUGAGAUCAUGGCCGCCAUCGACAAGAUGAUGGACGACAAUCAAGUGAUGCUGUCAGACAGCAUUGUAUUUUUAGUCUAG